AUGUCGUUCAACAACACAAAGAAGGGCUUCUCUGUAAAGGACCUUCUGGAUCUUCCUGACACCAAUGGAGGUUCUGGAACGGAGGAGACCGAGGAUGAGAACGAGGAGGAAACUAGUGAGAUUAUGACGCAAAAUCCAUCUUUUGAAAACGCUGGAAAUGUGCCCUGUAAGAGCCUUUUGUGUGAUGGUGGUGGCAAUUCCUACUCAAGAUGGCUUGCUUCCUCCAACAGCAUCCAAUAUUCAUGUGAGUAUCUCUUAAAAAAGUUAGUUUCAUAAACAUCGAGGUAUAUAAUUGACUUGUCCACUUCCUAGUCAUAUCAUCCGUUAAAUUAGUUAUCAAAUAAACCAUUAGUAAAAACAAAAACCUUUGCAUUAACGUUUUGUUUGUUAUACAAAAUAUCACUAUUUCAUUUAUUAGUUAGGCAUAUCUCUUAUGGUUUUAACUUAUUAGCCUACCCUUAAAGUAGUUUAUUCAUGCAUAAUCAGAAUGUAUAAUAUUAUCCGUGCGUAAUGCAAGUAUCCUUGCGUAAUUAUCCAUGCGUAAUCAUCAUAGUUUAGCACUUGUCACCAAUAGGCCAUUGUUUUAGAUGAUAUAGCUAAUCUCUUCAAUAUUUUCCAUUCUUUGCUCAGAUUAAAUAUGUGCUAUGAUGAAAAUAUUAACUAUAUUUUCACAGUAUUUAUUGUCUAUCUUGUAUAAUAACCAGACCGACUAUUUUUCAUUUUAAACAGUGCAUGGUUUGUCAGUUGAUUCUCGAAACGAACCGAAAUCUCCAGAGCUGUCCGUUGACGAAUCCCAAGAUAUCGACAGAGAUAGCAGCGACUCUGGAAAGAAGAGGAAAAGGAGGGUGCUGUUUUCCAAAGCGCAAACAUAUGAACUAGAGCGACGAUUCCGACAACAGAGAUAUCUCUCUGCGCCCGAGAGGGAGCACCUUGCCAACGCACUACGACUGACACAGACCCAGGUGAAGAUCUGGUUCCAGAAUCACCGGUAUAAAAUGAAGAGAGCACGCGCUGAGAAGGGUAUGGAAAUGGUUCAUCUCGUGUCCCCAAGACGCGUGGCCAUUCCGGUUUUGAUUCGGGAUGGAAAACCGUGUGACACUAGCAAGACUCAGGAACUUGAGGCCUCGUUCAGGGCUGGAAUACCUCUCUCGGCGUAUAGCGCCUAUUCUCUCCAUCACAUGCAUAUGCGCUCUCACUACAGCCCCGACGCCAUGUCACAACUGCCCAGUCUGCAUCACUUGGCGCAAAUGUACCAAUGGACUUGGUAG